GUUCCCUAAGUCUGUGUAUCGGGUUUCCUUUUAAGUUACCUCAUCACUUUCAAUCUUCUAAAUCUAACCAUGGAUGUGAUAUCUGUGCCGAUAUCGUCUUUCUAUUCGAUGACUCUUCGUCUAUACCAGUAGCAGAUCCACACGGAUUCCAUAAAAUGAAAGAUUUCAUGGUGGCAGUUGUCCAAUCAUUCACUAAUUUUGGUCCACCAAAUGGGGUCCAGGUUUCUGUGGUUUUGGUAGCUCACACUGUCAGAAAUUAUUUUUACCUUAACAACUUCACACAAGAAACAGACAUAGUACACCAUAUGAAAAUCUUUCCAGAACUUAAAGGAAGUGCCACUGCGAUAGGCGAAGGACUUAAGUUUGUGCGGGAAACAAGUUUCCUACCCAAAUUUGGUGGAAAACGUCUAUGUGCUAACAAAUUCCUCGUACUACUUACUGAUGGAAAACACAAUCUUGGAGCCUUACCUAAACCACAAGCUGAGGCCCUGAAGUACGAUGGUGUUACCAUAUUUGUGAUUGGUGUUGGACCGAAGGUGUUGAUGUCGGAAUUACUCGCUAUCGCCUCGAAACCAGAAUAUGUUUUUAAUGUUACGAAUUUUGACCAGUUGGCUACUAUUAAUGACAGAAUAGUAGAUGACGCCUGUAAUGUGGCAAAAGGCAGCAAGCUUACCAAACAGCCUUGUAGUUUGAAAGAGAUUUCAAAAACAUUAAUUCCUUACGGAUACGCCUUAGUACCAGUGUUUUAUCCAUUAACACAAAAGAAGGCGCCAUGGCCUCCAGGGUUACUAGGACUUGACCAACUUGCUAAUCAGCACCAUCUUCCUUGGUUGGCACAUAACGAACACAGUCACCAACACGACGAACAAAGUCACCAACACGACGAUCGAAUUAGAUGA